AUGGACAGAAAAAAUGUUACAACAGUGACAGAAUUUAUACUACUGGGGAUACCACUGAACUUCCCAUUACAAAUUCUGCUGUCUGUGGUGCUCUCUGUAUGCUAUAUAAUAACUAUAGUGGGAAAUGGAACAAUAAUUGUAGUUAGCUUGAGUGAUGCUCAGCUUCACACCCCUAUGUAUUUCUUUCUUAGUAACCUCGCCCUAUUAGACAUUAGUUUUACAUCAGCUAUUGUUCCGAAAGUGGUUUACAAUUUAAUAAGUGAAAGUAAAACUAUCACUUUUCAUGGAUGUCUUGCACAAUCUUAUGUCUACUUUCUCUUCGGCACUACAGAAUUCUUGCUCCUGGCUAUGAUGUCUUUUGACCGGUAUGUGGCUAUCUGUCACCCUCUUCGAUAUGGAAUUAUCAUGAAACCAAAGCUUUGCUUGAACCUGAUUUUAUGCUCCUGGUUGGGUGGUUUUCUUGACACAAUUUCUCAAACCAUCCUCACUUUCCGUUUGCCAUUUUGUGGCUCCAAUGUUAUUGACCAUUACUUUUGUGAUGUUGCUCCUUUGCUGAAGCUGGUAUGUGGUGACACAUACCUUAUAGGAAUGUUGGAUCUUAUAUUGGCAUCAUCUUUGGUGCUGGGAUCAUUGGUCUUUUCCAUGGUUUCCUAUGGUUGCAUUAUAUUUGCUAUUACAAGAAUUUCCUCUGUGGCUGGACAAAGAAAAACAUUCUCCACUUGUGCAUCCCACCUUACUGUGGUAUUCAUUGUCUAUGGGAGUUGUAUAUUCAUGUGCAUAAACCCCUCCAAGAAUUCAAAAAUAGAUUCCACCAAAGUCGUUGCACUUCUAAACAGUAUACUCACCCCUCUUCUCAAUCCUUUUAUUUAUAGCUUUAGGAACAAGGCAUUUAAAGAGGCAUUAAAACGCACAAUGAAGAAAACAUAUUUCUAUAACCAA